AUGGCGCCCGAGCAGGGACCCAGCUCUGCAGGCGCAUGUGCAAAAGCACCAACAAGCACCAACCCUGUCGAAGCGGGUUCAUCGAACACACCACAACCAACCAAUAACACACGGACGAGCGAAAACGACACAGCAACGCUGAACGCCGACUCUCUGGGCUGGAUAUACCUACUGAAAAAAGAGAGAUUGGUGGAGGAAUGCAGACAACACCAGUUACCAAUUGAAGGGAACACAGUCGCAGAGUUACGGAGUGCUCUAAGCCACUUCAUCAAAACCAAGCGAAGUAGAAGAUCAACCGAAAAUCUCCUAAAAGAACUAGAAAUGGAGAUCACCGCUGAAGAAGCCAGUAUAGCGAAGUCCUUACCCGAAGUCACCCCAGCCAUAAAACUGGACGAAUCAUUCCUACACUCCGGAGGAGCAAAACUAGCAGCUCCUCAGCGAGACAGGUUUAGUAACGCCGAAGUAAUGAGUACUGUCCGUCGUUGGGACGUACACUAUUCCGGCGGCGAUGCCCUGCACGACUUCUUGGAUCGGAUUGGGGAACUGGCAGAAUGCUAUCAAAUCCUGCCAGACCAACUCCUCCCAACCCUGCCCGAGAUUUUACGCGGUAAAGCACUUCAAUGGUUCCGCGUCCAGAGGCAACAAAUAACCACCUGGGCUAGAUUUCGUGCCGGGGCGGAAAAAUUUUUUCUGCCCAAACGACACAUAACGCAGCUAGAAGACGCAAUUCGCCAGCGGAAACAGAUGCACAGGGAAAAGGCCAAGGACUACAUCCUCGCCCUGCAGACACUCAUUCGACAACAUCCGGUCAUGUGCCACGAAAACCACCUAGAACGUAUUUAUGACGGUCUGCGAGUCGAAUACCGACUCUUCGUAAAAAGAAGCGAAUUCCAAACCAUCGAGGAGCUCAUGGAGCUCACCGAUGAGUAUGAACUUCUCAAAAACGAAGAAGCUAGACAAAGUAGACAAGCGGCACACAGCCUUUCCACCAUAAGUAACCGGUACGACGCAAGGAACACCUGCUGGCGCUGCAAAAGGCGUGGGCACCAGCGUUACCAUUGUCACUACCCACGGCGACUGUCCUGUUCCCGUUGCGGUCAAGAUGGAACUCUCUCCAGAAACUGCCCAUGCCCCAAAUCAAUCAAUACCGCGCCACCCAUCGCCCAAGCCACUACAGUGCAAUCCGAAUGGAGAAGUAUCGACGGUCGCUUCUACGCCGACGUCACCAUCGAAGGCCUACACGUACGAGCACUGGUGGACACCGGAGCCACUCUAACAUACGUAGACGACAGCACGCGCGUGCAUUUAGAGCGACUCAACAUCCAACCCCAGCCUAAUAAGCGGAACGUCCAACUCGCGGAUCAGACAUGCGUUGCCAGUACACACACCUACCCCGUCAGAAUCAAGUAUAACGAGCGAUUCACACGCACGGCGGUAGCAGUGAUCCCGAACCUGGCAGAACGAAUGAUAUUAGGAAUGGACUUCCUGUCAAAGCGAGGCAUUGUUGUGACCUUAGACGGCCAGCCACUAAAUCCCGACACGUCACCGAGGCCCACACCCACCUUGUGUUGCCUAACAGAACAGGCUCACUUAAAUGAGGAACAAAAUCAGGAAUUGGCACACUUCUUGGACCACAACAAAACGCUGUUCUCCAAAAUCACCGGACCAAGUACAGCCGCCGAACACAUCAUUACACUGCGACACAACCAACCGCUGAAGCAGCGCUACUACCCGCGCAAUCCCGCCAUGCAGCAGGUAAUAAAUACCGAAGUGGACGAAUUACUCACCGCUAACCGGAUAGAACCCUCCAGGAGCGCAUACAGCUCACCAAUUGUACUAGUCAGAAAGAAACAAGGAACCUGGCGGAUGUGCAUUGAUUAUCGUCAACUCAAUGCCGCUAGUGAACCCGACGCGUACCCACUGCCUCAAAUCGGAGCCAUUUUGGACCAGCUAAAAGAAGCAAAGUACAUCUCAACCAUCGACUUAAAGAACGGCUACUGGCAGAUACCGUUAGCCAAGAAGUCUCGGCCAUAUACCGCCUUCACCGUUCCCGGCCGAGGACUUUUUCAAUGGAAGGUAAUGCCCUUCGGACUACACUCCGCCCCAGCCACCUUCCAACGCGCCCUCGACUCUAUACUCGGCCCGGAAUUGCAACCAAAAGUGUUCGCCUACUUAGACGAUAUCAUCGUGCUAGGCGAAACGUUCACCGAACAUAUGACCUACUUACGCGAAGUCUUUCAUAGACUUCAGAACCACAAAAUGCAAAUCAACUUCGAGAAAUGCAGUUUUGUACAACAAAAACUACAUUACUUGGGACACAUCGUCAGCUCUGAAGGGAUACACACCGACCCUGGAAAAGUAGCCGCGGUACGGGAAAUGACUGCGCCCCGAACCAUCAAGGAGCUUCGCCGCUUCCUUGGACUUGCCUCCUGGUACCGCCGCUUCAUCGCUAACUUCUCCACACUCGCGGCACCCCUCAACCAGUUACUCAAAAAGAACCAAACUUGGACAUGGGGCGAAUUACAGAACAACGCAUUCGAGGCGCUCAAGGAAAAACUGACUUCCGCACCAAUACUCUGCUGCCCAGACUUCAACCAACCAUUUUUUCUACAAACCGACGCUAGCGGAGAAGGACUCGGCGUGGUCUUAUUUCAGCGCCAUUCGGAUCAAGAGAAAGUCGUGGCCUAUGCCAGUAGAAGUCUGUCAAACUUAGAAAAGCGUUACUCAGCUACGGAACAAGAAUGUCUGGCUGUCCUGUGGGGAAUUCGAAAAAUGAGACCAUACUUAGAAGGCUACCAGUUCACUGUUAUCACCGACCACCACUCCCUCAAGUGGCUCCAUUCGCUACAAAACCCCUCCGGGCGUCUGGCCAGAUGGGCACUUGAGCUACAACAAUACAACUUCGAGAUCGAAUACCGAAAGGGAUCUUUAAACGUGGUGGCUGACGCACUAUCACGGUGCCCGCUGCCAGCCCCCAGCACAGAAGAAGACCUACUGUUCGCUUUGAAUAGCCAACGUACGAGUUGGUACGACAGUGGAUCAACAGCCGACUAUUCCGACAUAUAGCACCAACAAAUCCACUCUCCCGUGCCCCGCAAUGGAAGCUCUGCAUCCCC